UAUUCGAGUAUUACUAGUGGGAAAUAUAACUUAAAUAUUGGAAAUCGUAGUAUCAGUUAGAGCUUAAUCACUAGUUUUUAUGAGAAUUGUACUUUGGAUUAUGAUCACAGACGUGUAGGGAAUAGACAAUCGGUAGUUUUAAACUUUUAACACUUCUAGCUAUCAACAAAUACAGAUCACGGUGUCACAACUAGUGCUGCCAUCAGUCUGAGAGACUGAGACUAGCUAUUAGAAACUAGUAUAAAAGCUCAUUAAUAAUGACGGAAAUCAUUGUUGAAUGAAGUAUUCGAAGGGUGUUAUGAUGUUUAACUUAGAUGGGAACCUAUUCACUAUCAUGACAGAAGAAAAGGAUCCUGCAAUACUAGUGGAUAAAAAACAAAAAACUACCAUCUUGACAUUUCCGGUAUUGUCAAAUGUAGUCUUAUGAAAAUCUUAUCUUGUAAGAUGAGGAAAGAUCAUUAUUUUCAUCAAAUUGAAGCUCAGCCAGAACAUUUGUAACUGUAAGCAAUGGAUGAAACCUGUGACAUUUUAAGCAGUGAAUUCAGUGUUAUUGAUGGUUUGAACAAAAUAUCUGUAAAUGACAAUAUAAAGACUGUAUGCAUGUUAAAAGCUCCAAAUUCAUCAGAUGGAAAUACAGUUUUGAAUUGCAAUCCUGUGAAUGAAAAGUUGGAAAAAGACAAAGAAUCCAAAGCUGAAAGUGUAUGCUCAGACGACAGUGAAGGAUUAAUUGAUGCAGAACUAGGACUUUCAGAAGACCAUUUUUCCCGUCCAGAGGGCUAUUUUGGUUACUCAGCUGUUGAGGAAUUAGAAAUGGCAAUUGAAAACUGUAAGGAUAUGAUUCUGGAAUCUUCUGAGAAAUCUGAGAAGCGCAAGAAACUAGUAAUGAAAUUAAUUCAACUACGCAUGAAACUUCAAGAAAUAAAGGAAGGUGAACCAGUUCCAGAAACAGAUGUAAAAGUAGUAAUGGGGCACAAGUUUGAAUUACGCCAAAUGGAAAGAUCACAUCAGUAUUGUGACAGGUGUUGUAAUGUCAUCUGGGGUGUCGUAAAUGGAUGGUUGUAUUGUAAAAACUGUAGUUUCAAAUGUCACAACAAGUGUCUUAACUUUCUCACCAGAACCUGUGCUUAUUUAAAGGUAACUGAAAAUCCAAGUUAUAUCAUGGAUCUAUGUCCAGAAGUGGGACUUGCUUCUCAAUGUUACAAGUGCGUAGAAUGUAAGCGCAGGCUUCUUAACAAAGAGGGGUAUCAUUCUCCAAGAAUAUGUGAUUACAACGGACAUUAUUAUUGUUCCUUUUGUCACUGGAACAGCCAGAGUAUCAUCCCAGCCAGGGUUAUUCAUAACUGGGACUUUGAACCCCGCAAAGUCUGUCGAGCUUCAUUACAAUUUUUGCGCUUAAUGAAAAGAAAGCCCAUUUUAAAUUUAAAAGAGCUAAAUCCCAUGUUGUUCAGCUUUGUGGAAGAGCUAAAUAAAGUGAAGUUGGAAGCAAUGGCUAAGUUGGAUUGUGGAAACUUCCAGGGUUGUAGAGGAAAGGGAUUUAUCUGUGAAGUGUGUAAGGAAGAUGAAGUGAUAUUUCCUUUUGAAGAUCGAACAUCAUCUUGUAUUCAAUGUUAUACAGUCUUCCACAAAGAAUGCUAUUUGAAGAGGAAAAGCUGUUGCCCAAAGUGUGAGAGACGAGCCAAGCAGAAUUCUCAAUGUGAAAACAUCUAGUUCAUGUGUAUCUCGGAUUUUGCUAAUAAAUUUCAUCUGUAAACAAAUUAAUUUCAUAAGUCAUCUAGUUUUAAUUACCAAGUCCUCUCAUUUGUGCGUGUAAAUCUGAUAUGGGAAAGUUAUAUAUUUUCUCAAGACCUAGUUCUUAGGUGUUUAUACCUGUAAAUAUACUCUGUAUGCAAACAUUUCUUGUUAACUGUAGUUUCUGUCAUUUUGUAAAAGAUACUCCUAAGGUAAGCGUCAUAUCUGUGGAAGGUAUUUGGGUAUUUCCAUAUAGUAAUUUGUGGUAGAAGUUAUUUCUGGAAGACCACCAGUUCUAGCUAUGAACCUU